ACAAUUUGUCGUGCUCAUCCCGCACGUCCAUGUUCCAGGACGACCAGAGAAACAUGGCCAAACAACCGGUGGCCCACAUCCCCACGCAGCAAUCGGACGGAAGUGCGGAAUUGCCAGCCAACAAGCCCGAAAUCGCAUCCCCUCAGCCGGCCGCUCCUCAGCACAACCACCCGGCGCCUCAGCCGCCGGCUCUAUGCAACGAGAGCCAAACUUUUUGUCCCACGGAAAAUAUACCGGGAGCACCGGACGGCAAUAAAGCAUAUGGGACGUUCAAAAACAACCCAGCGGUGGUCCAAGCGUCUAUGACGGCCAAUUCGGCCUUUGGCAAGGAGCCCCCCAUUUCGUCCUGCGGAGAUGGGGCGCAGUACGCGGAGCAGAACAACACCGGGUCCAAGUGGACCCCUUUGAGCCAGACCACCGUCAUACUGGGGGUUGAUGGCAACAUGUCUGUUCGAGCCGGCUCCCUGUCCCGGGCUGAAGGUGAUGACGACGAGGGAGGGGAUGAGAACAAGGCCAGGGGAAACUGGUCCAGUAAAGUGGAUUUUAUCCUCUCCAUGGUUGGCUAUGCUGUGGGACUGGGGAACGUGUGGAGGUUUCCUUAUCUUGCCUUCCAGAACGGUGGAGGUGCAUUUUUGAUCCCUUACCUGACAAUGUUGGGGAUCGCCGGCAUCCCCAUCUUUUUACUGGAAGUGUCCCUGGGCCAAUUUGCCAGCCAGGGCCCCGUGUCGGUGUGGAAGUGCAUCCCGGCACUGCAAGGUUGCGGGAUGGCCAUGUUGAUAAUAUCUGUCUUGAUAGCCAUAUACUAUAAUAUUAUUAUGUGCUGGACACUGUACUACCUGUUCGCUUCGUUGAAGGGCUCACUGCCAUGGGCUAACUGUAGGAAUGCGUGGAACACGGUGGAUUGUAAGGACAAAGACAUGCUGCUCUUAGACUCCUGCAUCUUGCGGGACAGGAACUUCACCUCGAUCAAGAACUCCUCUUUUUGUUUGUCUGCCCACACUGUUGGAAACCUGAGCAAACUAUUAAACAUGGCAGUGGAAGGCGGAAAGACGUAUGUCAGCCCCAGUGAGGAGUACUUCAAGUACAAUGUGCUGCACAUCUCCAAAGGCAUCGAAUACCCGGGAGACAUUCGCUGGCCUCUGGCAGGCUGUCUGUUUCUGGCCUGGGUCAUUGUCUACGCCUCUUUGGCCAAGGGAAUCAAGACAUCAGGAAAGGUGGUGUAUUUCACAGCCACUUUUCCCUACGUGGUGCUGGUGAUCCUGUUGAUCAGAGGCGUGACCCUCCCCGGGGCUGCUGAUGGUAUUCUCUACUUCAUCACACCAAAGUGGGAGAAACUUAUGGACGGGAAGGUGUGGAAAGAUGCAGCCACUCAGAUCUUUUUCUCUCUGUCUGCUGCUUGGGGAGGCCUGAUAACACUCUCGUCCUACAAUAAGUUCCACAAUAACUGCUACAGGGACACCAUGAUAGUGGUGUGUACCAACAGUGCCACCAGUAUAUUUGCUGGCUUCGUCAUCUUUUCUGUCAUUGGUUUCAUGGCACAUGAGUUGGAUGUGCCAAUUGAUAAGGUGGCAGACGAAGGUCCAGGCAUAGCAUUCGUGGUGUAUCCAGAGGCUCUGACCAGACUUCCUCUAUCUCCAUUCUGGGCUAUCAUCUUCUUUCUCAUGCUCCUGACUCUUGGCCUGGAUACCAUGUUUGCAACCAUUGAGACCAUUGUGACCUCUGUGUCGGACGAGUUCCCCAAAUACUUGAGGAAGCACAAACCUCUCUUCACACUGGUCUGCUGCCUCACCUUUUUCCUCCUGGGAUUUCCCAUGAUCACAGAGAAUGGCAUGUACAUGCUACAGUUGGUGGACACUUACGCAGCCUCCUACUCCUUGGUCAUCAUUGCCAUUUUUGAGCUAGUGGGGAUUUCUUAUCUGUAUGGGCUGCAAAAGUUUUGCGAGGAUAUCGAAAUGAUGAUUGGUUUUCAGCCCAAUAGCUUCUGGAGACUCUGCUGGGCCUUUGUAACACCAACCAUUCUGACGGGCAUCUUGAUUCUGAGUCUUUCUCAGUGGAGUGUGAUGACAUAUGAGAACUACACCUACCCCACCUGGUCUAUGGUGCUGGCAUGGCUAAUGGUUAUCUGUUCUGUUAUCUGGAUCCCCAUCAUGUUUGUCAUCAAGAUGUACCUCGCUCCUGGCACCUUAAUUGAGCGUCUGAAGCUGGUUUGCUCCCCUCAGCCAGACUGGGGUCCCUUCCUGAUGAAGCACCGUGGAGAACGCUACAAGAACAUGAUCGACCCACUGGGAACCAGCUCCCUUGGCCUCAAAUUGCCCCCUACGGACUUCCAACUCCGUGCCCUUUAGUAACAGCAGCCACAGGAGAGCUCUAACCUUGGGUGGGGGUGCGAGGCAGAGGAACCCUUUUCUUCCCCACCUUCCCUCUGCCUCUUUUCCACUAUAUGCUUCAGCGCCUUCUCCCUUUGCCUUCCUCCUCGUCUUAAUUUGGGAAUAGUCACCUUCUCCUCCUCCUUCCUCUUCUACUUCCCUACUCACGCUUGUUUCAGGGAGGAGGGGCUGCCCCGGUGGAAUCCUCUCCACCACUGCUGCUUUGUGCUCAGUUGCUGUUCUCUCAUUGUCUCCCACUCAUGACUACUGAUUUCACCACCACCUUCGGUGGGACUGAUUCCUUGUGACCGAUUCUCAUAAAUGGACAGAGCUGCAAUCUGCAAUACUUUAGCUCCUUCCGAUCAAGUCAUAUGUGUAUGUGGGUGUGUGUGCGCGUGCGUGCGUGCGUGCGUGCAACCAUGUUUGUGCGGAAAAAAAUAAUAGUCUCAGCACAAGCAGACACAAGAAAAUAGUCUUCAGUGACAGUGAGAAUGGCUCAAAAAGCUUGGCAAGUUUGUGCCAUCCAUAUUGCCAGUGCAAAUAUUAAGACUGCCCCUUAAUAUUUACAAGAACAGUAUGUGGUUCUUUAAUUUUACUUUUCAUCCCAGCAUUGUUUGUUUAUAGUAACCACUGCUUUGCUGCUGUUGCUCUUACAAAUAGUGAUAGGAAGUGGAGAAUAGAAAAUCAGGAAUUUGUGCCUCCUUGGUCCGUGUAGAGCAGUCAAUGCAUUGUGAUCUCCACUUUCAUUAGAUAGACUUUGGCCUCGGAUGAGACUGCAGUCUCAUAUAUGCUUGGGUCGAUAUUUCUUUUUUUUCCUCAAUUAAAUCAUCUUGUAUGUAUCUUAUCUCUGUAAAAUGUAAGUCAUCCCAAUCCAACUUUUAGUUGAAAAUAUAGAAGCCAUUUAACCUUUUUACAUAAGCCUGAUAGUCACUGUGCAUCUAUUGUAGACAGUAUAUAUUGCAGUAGGCUAUUGUAUGUGUUGUGACUUUAAUAGCAAUUUGUGAAAACACAAUGUGCAUUGCAGUAAUAGCCUCACCCACAGAAUAAGAUGAUAUAUAUAUAUAUAUAUAUAUAUGUAUAUAUAUAUAUAUAUAAUGUGGAUAUAGAUGAAUAUAUCUUUAACUUUGAGCAGAGGAGAGAGCUGGCACGACAGAUUGAAUGUGUGCGUGUUGUCUUUGUAUAUGUACAAAGUGUUGGUUUUGUGUGUAUUGUCACUUGUCACGUCUCACAACACUCACAGCAGCUGUUACAUGUGAUAGGCCAGAAAAAGGAUUCUCAUUUCCUGGAGUUGUUUUUGUCUGUUGUUUGCGAUAUACAGGUAGCUCUGGAGACCUCUCUGCCGUUUCGAAUGCUUCUCGCUUCUCUGUCCUCUUGAAAAUAGGGUCUCAGGUAUUCACUCCCAUCAAACGACUGCUCGUUGGAAGGGGAUUUGGUGGGAUUCGCAUACGCUAUGUGAAACGCGCACGGGAGAGUUUUCUCAAUAUUUCUACAGACAAAAAGCAAUGAAGAUACUGUAUCACCAAUAGGCAUUGUAUGUCAAAAUCAGUCUGGUUACCGUGCGUGUUUGGUCCACUGGCAAAUGACUGCAAGUAGUUGCGUUUUCCAUUUUUCUGAACAAAUUAUAAGCUAUAAAGAGUAUGUAAAUGCAUCAUACAUGUAGCUGAUAGGCACACGGUGCAGCCGCUGUAAAUAUAAACUGAAAAAAGAACUUGGAACAAAUUAUAUUCAGAUUGUGAAACCCAAACAAUGCACAUUGUGAAUGUAUGAACACACAUGAGUCUGAUUGGUGAAUAGCUUGCUUACUCCAGAGUGCUUUUAUUGAGCGCUUGUGUAUUGUGUAUGCUUGUUAGGGUGAUAUGCAGGAAUACAAGUUUCAAGAUAUCUAACCACAAAAGUUGAUGUGAUGUAGUGGAUUGUAUGUUCUCUGCAGACAACGCCUGAUAUGUAUUAUAAUGGGUAAAAGGGACACAUUAAUGUGUGUCCUUGUGUUUCACAUCUGCUUUUGAGGGAAAAAGGCACUAAAUGCACAUAGCUUCAUGAAAUAUGACAUUAAUAGGCUUGCAUGUGCAGUUUGUGUUGCUCAACUCAAUGUCCAUGUGUAGUAACUCCUCACUAAUAUAUGUCAAUGCAUGAUAAAUGAGCUUUCUCUUUACAUGAAACUGAAAUGAUCAGAGGUUGAAGAAACUAUUUACUUGAUAAUUUGAACUAAUCAAUGAAUUACAUAAAUAACUUUGCCUGCAAGUCAACCUUUGGCAGUAACCAAAGAAAGAAAUACAAAUGUAAAGAUAAAACAGAAGAAAAAGAUCAUGUGAUUUGUGUGUAGGAGGUUUAGCUACUGCCAUACAUGUUCCAUGCAGUAUAUCUUGGUGUUUGCCAAUAUGUUACAAAACAUCUUCAGGUAACCAUUGGCCUUAUAGAUGUCUCAUAAUAGUACAAAUAGUAUGUCUGUCUCAUGGUAUCAGUAUUCCUAUUGUCAGUUGAGUCAGUUUGGCACUUUACUGUGUGACCUAUGACUGCGUAGGUUAAAAUUCUAAUUACUUGAGUAAUGUCAUACAUUUCUGUUGUGUUCUCUGAGGCACAGCUGCCGAUGGAUAUAGAUAUCUGCCUCCAACAUGAAUAACUUGAUUUAGAAAUAGAGGUUAUAUAUAUAUAUGUUUUAGAAUUGGUGUAAGAUAUAAAAAUAAUAUAAUAUAAAAUAUAUAUGUGAAAUGCAUUUAUUUUCACUUGUCAUCAAUCUUUGAGGCCCUACCUCCAAUUUUGUAUUUGUGUAUAAAAAUGCAGUUGGAUAAUAACUUUACCAAUAAUACAUCGCUAUUAUACCAUGUAAUGUAUACCCUAUGAUGAAUAAACGUUAUUGUUUCCUUUCA